AUGGCAGCUUCAGUAGCUUGCUCCUUCUUCUUUGACGCGGAGCUGCUCGCCGAGCCCGGCAUGCCCGCGCUGGACGCGUGCGCGCUCUGCGCCAAGCCGCUGGCUCGCGACAGCGACAUCUUCAUGUACAAGGGGGACACGCCCUUCUGCAGCGAGGAGUGCCGCGACGAGCAGAUGCAGCUCGACGCCAUCUCCGCCAGGCAGGCCGCCCGGAGGCAGCAGCGGUUCUCGUCGGGAGCGGAGGCCCGGCGCGGGCACCAGGAGUACAGGAAGGUGUCCGUCGCGAGCUAG